AUGGCAAUACCUCGGCACUCUUUCUUGCUUUGGCUGGUGUUUAAGGAUGCUUUGGUUACUAAGGAGAAAAUGUGCAAAUGGGGCUAUGAGGGUGAUUGUUUAUGCCCCUUCUGCUGUGGAAGAAUUGAGAAUUGGGAGCACCUGUUUUUCAGAUUUAGCUUCAGUAGCCAGGUGUGGAGGAAUGUAAUGAAUGAUUGCUUGUUGUCUCAUCUGGUUGAGGGUUGGGAAGAAGUUGCUCAGUGGAGUGUAAAUCGGUUGAGUCUUGGAGCUGUUGUUUAUCGUCUCUGGCUUCAUCGGAAUAAUUUGAUCCAUGGUAACAUGUUGUGUUCGGGGGAGUCCCUCAUUGCAAAGAUUAAAUGGGAUAUCAGGUUGAGGCUUAUGGGAAAAGGGGAAGUAUAA